GAAUCGUUUUGACCGAUUUAUUGAGAAGAACCGGUUCAUAAGAACGAUUCGUUCAGGAAUCGAACAUCGCUGGUAGAGAAGUGAGAGAACCGUUGGAGCGGAUUUAUCGUUACUGGGUGGCUGUGCUGUGCUGUGUUUUGCGGUGUUGUGCUAGCUGCUCCGCGGGAAACUGCUUAAAUUAUCGACUCUUGUGACUUUAAAAGUUGUGGUAUAUAUAUCUAAAUAUAGGGGGGUUUGAGAUAACUGUGUGAACCGGACGCGGAGGGGUAGAAAAUCACUCAAAAGCCCCACAAGCCUCCUGACGCUAACUAACUCUCCACUGAAUCCUGAAGAGGCGCUGCUAGCCUCCGCUGCUGCUGCUGGUGUUAGCCCCGGACUGUGAGCUGGCUUUAGCCGUGGCUGGUGGGACCUGGUUGGGGUUUGUUGUGAAUAUCUGUGGGGGACUAAAGUGUUAAAUACGCAGAGUAACGAGCUGAGUUAUAACUUAACUGAACUCUCCUCUAAAACGAGUCCCGAACAGCUUGCUAGGCUAACGCUGCUGCUAGCCCGCGUUUGUUUUACAGAAGUUGGGUCAGGAGCGCAGCUAGCUGUAGUUGUUUAUUAUUGUAAACGGAGACUCGGGCGGUUCGGGGGUUUCGGGCGGAAUAUGGCUCAGCAUGGGCAGCAUCAUGUCGCGAGUUCACAGAAGGCUUUAAUGCUGGAGCUGAAAAGUCUUCAGGACGAGCCCGUCGAAGGCUUCAGAAUAACUUUGGUGGACGAGUCUGACUUGUACAACUGGGAAGUGGCGAUUUUUGGACCUCCUAAUACACAUUACGAGGGCGGCUAUUUUAAGGCUCGUAUCAAAUUCCCCAUUGAUUACCCCUACUCACCUCCAUCCUUCAGGUUCCUCACUAAGAUGUGGCAUCCCAACAUUUAUGAAAAUGGAGACGUUUGCAUUUCCAUCCUGCACCCUCCAGUAGAUGACCCACAAAGUGGAGAACUGCCCUCAGAGAGGUGGAACCCCACACAAAAUGUCAGGACCAUCUUGCUGAGUGUGAUCUCUCUGCUCAAUGAGCCCAACACCUUCUCCCCGGCCAACGUAGACGCCUCUGUCAUGUACCGCAAGUGGAGGGACAGCAAGGGCCGAGACCGGGAGUAUGCAGACAUCAUCAGGAAGCAGGUUUUAUCCACCAAAGCAGAUGCUGAACGUGACGGAGUUAAAGUUCCCACCACUCUAGCCGAGUACUGCGUCCGAACACGUGCUGCGCCACCAGAUGAGGGCUCAACGCUCUUCUAUGACGAGUACUACGAUGAUGAGGAACUGGAUGAGGAGAACGAAGAGGAUGAGGACUGUUGUUACGACGACGACUCUGGCAAUGAAGACUCAUGACAACAUCUUUGUGUAUGAACUGGACUCUCCAUUCCUUUUCCUUAUCUGAUAAAUUAGAUAAAAUAAGAGAAGGCUCCACGUUGGUUUGUUUGGUUAUAUAACUUGUGGUUUUACUUUAAUUAUCUCUUCUUUUUUGGUUUUGAGGGCUUUGCUGACGAACUGCAAGUCAGCAGACAUUAUAAAGGAGCAGUUUUUCUUUGUUUUGUUGACUUAUGAUUAUGUGAUAAGGAGCAGAGAAGUCACUGAUCCAGCUGAGCCAUUCUUGUUUGUAUAUCAUGUGGAAUCUAACCCAAAACCCAAAACUCACGUUUUUUUUCCCAGCAUAGGUAAAGCAUUCUGUAGAAAACUGUAAGUAAACGUGAGGGCGUUUGAGAGAGAGAGAGCGCGAGUGAGUGUGAGUGAGAGUCAGUGUGCUUGUGUUUUCAUGCAAAGCUGAGGAUUCAUUAACAGUCUCUGUGAUGCUGCUACAGACAUAAUAAUACAGUAACACAGACUCAGGGCUAUUUCUCUUUCUAUUAACAUUAAAAUGUAUUUCUACCAGCCGCUGUAUUUAUCUUUGUAUUUUGACUGGGUUUAAAUAAACUAAUAUAUUGUCACUGUCAUGCAAAAAUGAUUUGCAUUUUUGGCAUCAUUUAAAUCUGACAGUUUUUGCAGAAUUUUAAGAUAGAAAGGACCAAUAUAAUUUUUUCAUAAUACAUUCUGUAAAUAUAAAAUGUUUCCUUUGAUGUUUAUUACAAAUUAAAUGUUGUUGUUUUUUUCUGUUUUGCAUGACGGUGGCAAUAUGCAGGCAAAUGCACUGUAAAUCCCACAAGUGAGCUUAUUUGCAUAAUUAUUUAAUUUUUGAUUUCAAGUCUUCUCGGUUCUUGUCUACACUCAGAUGAGUUGUUAAGAUUCAUUAGCCUCCACUUUAAUGUAGUUUACUUCAGUCAUUUGAUUGGUUGGUUGGAUUUUAUUGUGUUCACACAGGCCCACUGAUGUCAUUUUACCACCAUUUUACCUUUUAUUAACAAACAAAUGUAUAUUUUGAGCUCACGUUUUAAGGUUUAUGUUGAUGCUCCCUUAAAACUACUGUUGUUUUUCCACAGAACCUGUGAUUUAGAAGCAAAAAUAUGCUCCUGAAGGUCGAAACAAUAUUACAGACAAAACCAAAAAAAUGAUAUUGUACAUCAAGCCUCUAGACAGGUUUUAAGCCUUGAAGUUCUAAUGCUGGAAUCCAAAGAAUGCACUGAAAGCAUUGUUGUAGUUUUUCUUGUUUUCCACCCAAAUAUUACUUCUACUUUCCAGCUACCAGCCUGGCAGGAUGAGUGCUAACAUGAAGAGCUUCCUCUGUAGCAGCCUGUGAGCCCUGUCGCCACACCUGUUCAACCAGCCACGUACUCAAGACCUCAACACAGUGAUAGCUAGACCAGACAGUCAAAAACAAAAAUGCUGCCCUCUCUCUCAGGAACAGUUUGUUCCUGGGGUGGGAGGAUAGUUGUCAAUUAUAUGCAUACUGUGCAUUAUUGUUCUUAUUUACUCCUUUGUAUUUCUGUCCAUUGCUUUUUUUUCCUUUCUUUUUUUCUAUCUAUUUAAAACCUAAAUAAAAGUCUUUAUCACAGAUGCAUAA